CUGAGAAAUAAAUACUUCUGUUUAAUGGUUUGACAAAAACGCAUAUUUCACAGACUUGACUGUAAAAUCUAAAAAACAUGACAGAGGACCUAAAUUACACUAUAAAUGACUACAGUGACAGUGAUGACACCAAUAAAGAAGAAAACUCUGUACAGCCAUUUCAAGUUUUUGUUGCCACCCUGUACAGCAUAGUUUUUAUAAUUGGCAUCAUCGGAAACAUCCUGCUACUCUGUUUCGCCUUCAAGUUUCUCCAUAAAACGUUGUGGAGUUGCAUUUUUAGCCUUGCUUUAGCUGACCUGCUGUUUCUUAUAUCACUUCCCUUUUGGGCCUAUGAUGCUAUGGCUGAAUGGAUCUUUGGUGGUUUCAUGUGUCGUACCGUUACAGCUCUAUACAUGCUGGGACUCUACGGCAGUGUCUUCUUCAUGGUCCUUAUCGCAUUGGAUCGCUACAUGAUAGUCUUUUGCUCCUUCAGCAUCAUUAGAAAAUCAAAAUCAAAAAUAAUCUGUUUUGUGUGGAUACUCAGCCUGCUCGCAUCUCUACCUAAUGUGAUUUUUACCCGUGAGAUAAAAGAGACCCAUCGAACAGUGUGUGUACAUGAUUUUUCAAAUCCAGCCUGGAGAUCGUUUACUUUCUUAAAUAUGAACUUAUUGAGUUUUAUAAUACCUCUGAUUAUGACUGCUUUCUGCUACUUACGAUUGUCCUGCAAGUUGUUUAAAGUAUUAAAGAGGUCAGAAUAUCAAGAUCAGAAAAGUCAAUGGUCCAUGAGACUUAUAACUUCGCUGACUGUGGUAGUUGUUCAUUUUCUGUUCUGGGCUCCAUACAACAUUACAUUGUCUCUCAUCAUCUUACAGACCAAUGGUUACCUGCAGACCUUUGAGUGGUCUGGUUUGACCCUGGCCAUGCAGUGGGUAGAGAUUGUUGCCUACAGCCACUGUAGCCUCAACCCUAUCAUCUAUAUACUUUUUGAACCGAACUUUAGGGGAAAAGUAAUUAAGACAUUUCAAGAGAUUUCAGCAAGAUUCUGCAAAUUUUGUGCAACAUCAUCAAAGGAGGAGGUUACGGAUUUUCCACAACAUGGAUUGUAACAGUAUUAAUGCCUAUUUAGGAUAUUAGGAUAAACAGACCUUUUCUGUACAGAGAUUCAGAAAAUUAGAAGGGCAUGCAGUGAAAGAAAGACAUUUUUUAUAACAGAUAGAUGUUAUAAAUAAAAACAGAUCAAAUACUAUGCACAACGGUAUUAAUUUUAUUUGUCAAAAACUUAAUAACUUCAAAUUAUAAUCGGAGAACAUUUAUUAUGAUAACUUAUUGCCUUGAUGAUUCCAUGUUGAACAUCUUUAAUAUCAAAAGUGUGUGCCAAAGCAGGGAGAGUGAUGACACACUCGAAUGAUGCACUGUAAGAGAUAUAAUGUAGUUUUGAUUAAUGUCUAAUGUGAUGGCGGCAAAGAGGUUGAACCACCAAUAGGUCAGAUGGCCUUUCUGUGUGAAGUUUGCAUGUUCUGCCUUUGUCAGCGUGGGUUUACUCCGGUUUCCUCCCACAGGCCAAAAACAUGCAAGUUAGGUGAAUUAGAGAUACCAAAAUUGCCCCUCCCUCAACUUGUGUAUGGAUUAACUUGUGUGGAUUAACUUGUGUAUGGAUUAACCGGUUCUCGACAUGAAUA